UUAGAUUUGAUUAAACUUAUGUUUAUACAUCUUGUCUAUCUCGUGUUUCACAUUUACCUAUUUAUAUGGGUCUCCUAAAUUAUUGUUUUACAUAUAGCAGCCUACUAUUAGAUCCCAUGCACGUCUUCUUCUUUGUGUAAUUUUGCUUACACACCCUUUUCAUAUUUCAAGACCCCAUAUUUAUCCUCUAUGGAGCAAAAUGGAUACUGAUCAUUGAUAUGGUCUCUUGUAUCCGUUGGAAAGAAUAAUUCUUCCGGGGCUUGAACUGUGAGGGGAAAAAUAUUUAUCAAGAUGACCUCGGUGGGUAACUAUACCACUGAUGGAACAAAUGGACAUUCCAAUAUCUUUCAGCAUAAAAAAUGUGAUGCCUAUUUACUUAUCCAUCUGGAAACUUUUCUUGGCGAAGGCUUUCGAACUUUCUUAUACUUUUUAGGUCUUGCCUAUUGUUUUAUUGGAUUGUCAGCUAUAACUGCUCGGUUUUUCCGGUCCAUGGAAAAUGUAGUUAUGCAUAGUCGAACUGUGGAGACCAUAGAUCCUCUCACAAACACGAAAAUUGUCAAAAAUGAAAAGGUGUGGAAUUACACAAUUGCAGACAUCACUCUACUGGCAUUUGGGACUAGCUUUCCACAGAUCUCAUUAGCUACAAUUGAUGCAAUACGAAAUAUUGGAGAUAAAUAUGCUGGAGGUUUAGGUCCGGGAACCCUUGUUGGUUCUGCUGCUUUUGAUCUUUUUCCAAUACAUGCUGUUUGCGUGAUGGUUCCUAAAGCUGGAGAAUUGAAGAAGAUAUCAGAUAUUGGAGUCUGGCUUGUUGAGCUCUUUUGGUCUUUUUGGGCCUACAUCUGGCUUUACAUAAUUUUAGAGGUGUGGAGUCCAAAGGUUAUAACUCUGUGGGAGUCUAUCUUAACAGUGUUGCAAUUUGGGCUAUUGCUGAUACAUGCCUAUGCACAGGACAGGCGUUGGCCCUAUUUGUCCCUUCCUUUAGAAAGAGCUGAGAGGCCAGAGGAGUGGGUGCCUGCUGAGGCGGCUAAAUAUAGGCCUCUUGACAAGGUUCAUGUGACAGGUCAUUUUAAUCAAAAUUUAGCACAUGAAGAUGUCACUGAAUCGUCCACACUGCAUAGUGACAAUAUCAUUCCUGAAGAAUCUGAUAUUCUCUCAAUUUGGAAGCAUCAAUUUGUUGAUGCUCUCAUGUUGGAAAGUGCGGAAUCCAGAAAAUUGAAUAAUAUAUACCUAUGUCUUGCAAGAACUUCUUGGCGGUCACUUCUUCUUCCGUGGAAGCUUCUUUUCGCGUUUGUGCCACCAUAUCAGAUUGCCCAUGGGUGGAUUGCUUUCAUUUGCUCUUUGAUAUUCAUUAGCGGAAUAGCUUAUGUCGUGACGAAACUCACAGAUUUGAUAAGCUGUGUUACAGGAAUAAAUCCAUAUGUGAUUGCAUUCACGGCUUUGGCAAGCGGAACCUCAUGGCCUGAUCUCGUGGCCAGCAAAAUUGCUGCAGAACGACAGCUUACAGCCGACUCUGCCAUUGCUAACAUUACCUGCAGCAAUUCUGUGAACAUCUAUAUAGGCAUCGGUGUACCCUGGUUCAUCGAUACACUGUACAACUACAUUGCAUACAAGGAGCCGCUGCGAAUAAACAAUGCAGAUGGACUAAGUUUCUCUUUGCUUGUUUUCUUCUCCACUUCUGUAGCCUGCAUCGGCGUUUUGGUGUUAAGGCGACUUACUAUCGGUGCUGAGCUUGGUGGGCCUAGACUUUGGGCCUGGGUGACUUGCAUAUACUUCAUGUUGUUGUGGCUUAUAUUUGUUGUGCUAUCUUCUCUCAGAGUUUCUGGGAUCAUAUAACUAUCUCAGUCCAAAUCAGUUUUGGUUUUAGUUCGUGGUCCCUCAUACAUAUGGUUAUGUACCCAUACACACUUGAGCACUUUGGAAAAGGGUAACUUUUUAUACUCAUUGUACAGAUCGAUGGAUAUUGGACUGAGAGGGCUUAAAUGGAGCGAUAUGGACAGUGAGUAUUUGUAUGGUCGAUUCUGACUUGUUUGAAAUCAAUAGUAGUUGUUAUUGCUGUGUUGUAUUGAUUGAUGGAUAUUGGACUGAGACGGGCGUAAAUGGAGCAAUAUGGAGUGAGUAUUUAUAUGGUCGAUUCUGGCUCGCUUGAGAUCGAUAGUAGUUGUUAUUGUUGUAUUGUCUUGAUUGAUGGAUAUUACUGAGAUGGGCUUAGAUGGAGCGAGAUGGAUAACGAGAAUUUGUACGGUCGAUUCCAACAUGCUUGGGAUCGAUAGCAGUUAUUGUUGUAUUGUAAUGAUUGAUGUAAUAUAAAAGCUGUCGAGUAUUAUUUAUUUACAUUAUCUAGACGUAAACUGCUACAAAUCUCUUGGUAGGGGUUCACAAGAGUGUAAUUCAUUAGUCAUAUAUAAGGGGCUGCUUCCACA